AUUCUUGAACGUGCUUAAAGUCAUGUGAUGUGUUUGUGCAGUAAAGUGUUAGAGGCUUGGAAUAAUGGGAGCUUCAGUUGUUCCAAUUUUAGUAUUCACUAUACUAUGGGGAAUUGUCGGUAUAGUAUUACCAUUUGUGGUGCCGAAGGGGCCAAAUAGAGGCAUUCUGCAGGUGGUUUUAAUGUUGACAGCAGCAACAUGUUGGUUGUUUUGGCUUUGUUGCUACUUGUCACAGAUAAAUCCCUUGAUAGGACCAAAACUAUCAAAUAGAACAGUAUUGUUGAUGGCAAGAGAGUGGGGAAAUGAAAUUAAAAUGACUGGCUAAUAUGUGCGCUGGAGGAAGUGUACAGUAUCAUUCCACACUCCUUGUUUGUAUAUUAGAUAUGUAAAUGUAUUUGUCAAUAAGUAUAUAAUGUUAAUAGUUGUACAAUGUAAUAAUUUGUGAUGUUAUCUAUUACACCCUCAUUGAUUCUCCAUUUAAAAUUUGACUUCCUUUGUACAGGUCUUUGUGAACAACAUUUGUAUUGCAAAUUAUCUGUUACAAAUCAUCGCCUGUACCCGUAGAUCAAUUUUUAUAUUAACCUUUACAUGUUUAUAAAUUUGGUAUUGUGAAGGAAAGUUUCAGCUCUUUCAGGUUCUCUGCAGGACACAUUUCAGCAUUCACUAAGUUGGUAUAGAGUCUGACCCAGUUUGCCAAUUUUAAAUUCAGAGAAAAUAAAAUGGAUUUUGGAUA